AUGCACGAGCUGCCGAAGGAGGAAAAACCGCUGCGAUGGGAAUCGACCCAGCUGCUUAAAUCACUAAUAGAUCUCAAGGCACAAGGAACUGUGGAUACCGUCCGUGAAGAGGCACAUGUCCAGCCACGACACUGUCGGAGCAGUACUGCUAAUUCAGAACGAGAAGAAGGGCGGGCUGGACUCGGGGCCCUCCUGCGGGCUUCAACAGAGAUUCUAGGACGGGACAGUGAGGGAUCUCCGGCGCAAAACUUUGAUGUCUCGUGCUUUAACGAAGGGACAAUCGAUGACUCAGUACAGAACAACGCCGCAGACAACCAGACUUCGCCGGCGACUAGUCCAUCCGAAUCGCAGGAUUCCCCGGCCUUCUUUGGGGAGUCCUCAACUUUUGCAUUCGUCUCAAAGGUCCAAUCGAAUGCCGUGCCUCGUCAAGGUCCUGUAUCACGGAACAAGCGUCGGCGCCUUUCAGGCUCGCAAAGCCCCCGAACCCAUAGCCUCGACUCAGGCCUCACUCCAAGGGACGUCGACAACAGCUACGCAUUGCCACCAAGAGAUCUAGCAGACAGUCUUGUCGAUUCGUAUUUCAACCACGUACAUCGUCUCUACCCGUUCGUUCAUGAACCGACUUUCAGAAGUCAAUAUGAACGCAUGUGGAUGCACGAUGGGGAUCAUUCUGAGACGAAAGCGACCUGGUUUGCGUUGCUCAAUCUCAUCUUCGCACACGGAUACGAGUUUCACAAUCCGAUUCAGGGUAGAAGUCCUUCUCACUCGGCGACACAAUUUCUUGUGAAAGCUCGAAAUAUCGCCUUUGCUCACAUCUUCAAGGAGGGUAACUUAGAGCUCCUUCAAGCGCUAUUAUUGAUGUGUCACUAUCUUCAGGGUACCUUGGAACUGAACGAGUGCUGGAGUCUGAGUGGACUCAUGAUCAGAACCUCUAUUAGCAUGGGGCUUCAUCUCAACCCGUCCCCUUCCAUGACGGCUGUGGAGAGGGAGGUUAGGAAGCGUGUGUGGUGGGGAUGCUUCGUGAUCGACCGCACCUUGAGUAUGAAGUUUGGCAGACCACCUUCAAUUCCGGCUGCGAGUGCAGCAGACGUUGAGCUGCCGUUGCCGGUUGACGAUCAAUAUAUUAUGAAUGACUCAAUCAUUCCUCGGCAGCCCGCAAGCUGUCCCUCCCUGACGACUUUCUUCAUUGAGACAAUCAAGCUUGCACAUAUCAUUGACAGUGUUCUCCUGAAGCUCUACCCAUCAACGGGGAGACCAUGGAAUUCGACAAUCAGUCAGUUCCAAAACAAUCACGACCGGUUCCCAGAGAUCUUUGGCCAUGCAGUCCUCCUAGAUGGAGAACUGCUGUCCUGGUGGAACGGUAUUCCGCACCAUUUGAGAGAUGAGCCCAACAGCCCAGACGGCUCAGAUUUUCAACGGCAGCGCAAUGUCAUGUACAUUCGGUAUCUGAACCUUCGGUUACUACUACAUCGUCAAUCAUUUCUUGUUUUCAGCCGACAAGAUAUCGAGGACAAGUUUCAGAGGCAUGUCGCAAUUGCUUCAUGCAACUGUUGUAUCUCGGCUGCCCGCGAGACUAUCAAGCUGAUUUACGCUCAGUAUCGGCGGCGCCUGUUGAACUCUUUGUGGUACAAUCUCCACUACGUCUUCACUGCGAUUGGCGUUCUGUUGACACUACAGACCAUGGAAGGAUGGAAGCUGGAAGCCCUUGGUCAAACCGAGACAGACGAAUUACUGGAAAUGGGUAUGGAAUUCUUGAAGGCAGCCAGCGAUACGAGUACGCUGGCAGCCAGAUACUUGAUUCUGCUGGAGCGCAUUCAGACUCGAAAGAGUGGCCGGGAGACUCCAAUGCCAGGCCCAGUAUCCGGUCAAGGCCAUACGACCCAACUCCUGUCGGAUAACGCAGAUCCGGCACUGCUAGCGGCAGACAGAACACCUUUGCAACGGCCAGACGAGGCUCCAUUUCCAUUCAACUCUGACUUCACCGAUUUCGACGACUUGCUCUUUGGAACGGGUCUCCCAAGAGACCUGCUGUCCGCUGAUUGGUCGAUCUUCGAAUCAAUUUGA